GUCAUAUAGAAAAUAACAUCAGGACACACCCUAGAAUAAUGAGAAGUGCAAAACUGAAACCCAGCCAAUAGAUUGUCCGCGAGCGACCGGAGACACCAGUUCUCAAUAGUAUCUGGGGCUUGGAAGUUGUAGCUGUCGAAUUCGCCGAUUGACAAGUAAAUACAUUCCAGGUGCAAUGGACUGGGGGACCCUGCAAGGUGUGCUCAGUGGAGUGAACAAAUAUUCAACCGGAUUUGGACGGAUCUGGCUCUCUGUAGUAUUCAUCUUUCGAGUCCUGGUCUAUGUGGUGGCAGCAGAAAGCGUGUGGGGCGAUGAGCAGAGUGACUUUGAUUGCAAUACCCAGCAACCUGGCUGUCCAAACACUUGCUAUGACCAUUUCUUCCCCAUUUCCCACAUUCGGUUAUGGGCUCUGCAACUAAUCUCUAUCACCACACCUUCCCUGAUGGUUGUCCUUCAUGUGGCAUAUCGAAAAGAGAGAGAGCGGAAGCACAGAUUGAAGCAUGGCGAGAAUUGUUCCCAAUUGUACAAAAAUACAGGGAAGAAACAUGGUGGGCUCUGGUGGACCUAUUUGAUCAGUCUAGUAUUUAAAACUGGUUUCGAAAUCGCUUUCUUAUAUAUACUCCAUCGAAUUUAUGAUCGUUUUGAUUUACCUCGCCUUGUCAAGUGUUCCAUGUUCCCUUGUCCAAAUAUAGUUGAUUGUUAUAUUGCCAAACCAACGGAGAAAAGGAUCUUCACAUACUUCAUGGUUGGAGGAUCAGCUCUUUGUACCGUCCUUAACAUUUCUGAAAUACUAUACCUUCUCUUCAAACGAUGUUUUCGGUGUUGCAAAAGGAAAAAUGAAAGGGAAGAAGACACUGUAGCAAAGCCAAGAGGAAGACUCCUUCAUAAUGAUACUGUCGAGAAUGGAAUUAGUCUGGAGGAAUACAUCCACAAGGCCUAACAAGCACUGUUGUCAAUCAGUAUCAACAUCUUUUUCAGUGACAUGUUUUGGAAAAGCUUAACAUGAACAAAAUGUUCUUAUUUUUACCAGAAGAGAUACAAUGCUUAUAAACAAAUAAGACUCAGUGAGCAAGUAUUGCAAAAGCCAUUUGAAUUAACUCUAAGGUUAUUAAUCCACAUCCUUACGAUGACAAGUCACCAAUGGAAAGUGGAAGCAUUGUUCAAGUUUGUAUUUUCAUUGGACGAGCAGAUCCAUAGCUUAUGGAACAUUAGCAUUGAAUAAGCAACAGCAUGAAUAGAGCUUACUCAUCAAGGGACAGUUCAGGAUUUGGAGAAAAUUAAUUCAUCAAUAGAGUAAAAAGGACAUGAGCAGAGCAUAGGCAAGCAAGUGAAGAGCAGAAAGCACAUAACCACGACAGGUUUAACAUACUUGGACACGAAGAACAAUUGCAACAGGAGAUCUUGAACUAUCAGAAGGAAAGCGAGAAGUAUUGUGGAGGAUUAUGCGAUAUUUGAAAUAAUAGACAAAUUACAUCAUGAACUGUACAAUAUGCCAGUACAGAGAAUACAGAAAAUCUCCUGAUUAAAGUGCACUGUAUAAAUCAAUGAUUCUUAUUGUAAGUGCAGAAAAUUUCACAAAGUGUUUCCAAAAAAAUCUCCAAAAUUAUAAACAUUGGGAACAGAACUUGAUUUAUACAGUCACCAUUGAACAUGCCUCAGAUUUUCAGCUCAGCAAUCUAAACUGGAUAGUUCAGUGCUGAAACAUUGCUGUAUUGUUGGAAGUGCCACUUUUCUAAUGAGGUGUUAAGUCAAGGUCUUGAUGCCUCCUCAGGUGGAUGUAAAGGAUUUUAGUGCACCAUUUUAAAGAAGAGCUGGGUAGAUAAUUCUGGUCAAUAAUAAUUCCUGGUGAGCAACUAUGUUAAAAGAGUGUUGUUUGUGGGAUCUUCCAGUCCACAAUUCAACUCACAUUUUCUACAUUACAAGCGAAAACAGGCACAAGACAAAUCCAAACAUUUCUUUCUUCUUGAGAUUUGAGCCGGGUGACAGUGAAUACUCAAGUUUUAGAAAUAAGGAUGCUGCAGUUGUCAACAGUUUGGAAAUUUUGUGGUAAUAUAUCAAGAGGCAGAGAAAGAGGAACAUUGCCAUGGUCCUCCCAGACCAUAGGGCUGUUCUCUUAUUAGAGAGAGAUGACGGGAAUGUGGUUAUAUGAGUGAUGAAAGAAGUGUCUGGUAUGUAGAUCGUGUGGUGCUGACAAGCACAUGGAGCACAGAAAAUAGAGAAUGGAAAAAUACAUCACUGCCAGAUUAGCAUUCAAUUCUUAUUUAUUGGAGAGCUGCAUAUGCAUUAUCAACAGUUUUACACUGUCAGUGAUGACACUCAGUGCGAUCGGGUCUGUCUUCCCCCGCAACUAUCAUUAUUAAGAUUAAGAGAAUGGCACAAUACAUACAUAUGGAUACCAGAUUAAAUAAUUAACAGCGCCAAUUGCAACAAAAACAAUUUUAAUUGUACUGCGUACGAAACAAAACCUUUGGCACAAAUUGCUACACUGCCUGCAGACAGAAGGCACUGCAAUUUGAAUCAAAUAAUAAUCAAGGCUGUAUAUAGUGUUAUUCCUUUUACUUUAUAUAUUUGUUUACAAAAUGUGUUUAUAUCACUGGUAAAACCAGAAUGUAUUCCCCAGCAUUCAACUGUGUGGCUUGCUAAUCUAUUGCAUUAGGAGAAAGUGAGGACUGCAGUUACAGGAGAUCAGAGUCGAAGAGUGUGAUGCUGGAAAAGCACAGCUGGUCACACAGCAUCCAAAGAGCAGGGUAAUCGAAGUUUCAAGCACAAACACGUCAUCAGGAAUUCCUGAUGAACGUCUUAUGCUCAAAAUGUCAAUUCUCCUGCUCCUCAGAUGCUACCUGACCGGCUGUGCUUUUCCAGCACCACACUCUUUGACUUGGCUAGUUCAUUACUCCAUAUUGCAAUAAGUCUGGAGUACCAUACAGACAUCCUUCUUCAAGAUAAAAAAGCCUUGCCUGAAGUUCGGACAUUAGCAAACUAAAGGGGUUUUUGCUUGGUCACUAUUAUUCAAAAGAGUUUUUUAAUUCCAACAUUUUUUUAAAAAAUGAAAAUAUCAAUAAACCAGAUGCCACAGUGUAAUUUGAAAUCAUGUCAUUCAAUCAUUAGUCAUGGCUUCUUUUAUUACUACCAUUCCCUCAUCACUGGAUUUACUUGUAAAUUUUCCCAUAAUAAACCAUAUCAAUAGGGUACAUCAUUAUUCUUGAUACAGAUAGUUACAGAUUUAAAUGAUUUGUAUUGUUAUAAUUUCCUCGAAUUUCUGCAGUGGUCCUCAUGACAUUCACUGAAAAGGGGGAGUGACUUGUUGACAUGGUAUGAUCUAUUGAAAUCAAAACAAGAUUGAGCAUUCAGACUUAAUCUAACUGAUCUUUGUUAUCGGUUACAACAUUGCAGAGAACUGAUGGAGGACUCAGAAUCUGUAAACAACUCAAUCACUGCUCAAGCUUGCGAGAUGAUAACACUUCAAAUGAUUUCUGUUAUAAACUCAGUUGUAAAUGGAAGCCCCAGUUUAACAGUAUAACAUGUGAUUUGACAACUAGGCAUGUGCUGAUUUCCCCAACUGAUACCAUUUUAUAUUAAUAUUUAUUGAAUUUUCUGCACUAAUCAUGGAUUGCAGAUAUUAAAUAUGGCUGAGAUUGUGCACGAGAGAAUCUCUUAUUAUUUAUUUUCAAUAAGAUUUCAGUACAAGCUCUGUCAAAUUGGACUUGGCCUGAUAUUCUGGCUGUACAUACUGCAAUCCAUACCCAAGUUACCAAGAUGGAGCCAAGACUCAUGAGCAUAUCUCUGCAAAAUAACCCAUUGUUCUCUUAUCAAUGGAGUCCCAAAACCUUAAACAUGUAAGAGACAUUGUCUAUGUCACUCUUUACCCAUUAUUAUAACCACUGUAAUAAAUUUAAUUAUCCUUCAGCACUGAGAUUUUGUUUAACUUAGAUAUCCAGUGCCAAAAUCCAGAAUCUUUUAUUACUGUAAAUCCAAAUCAUCAGUCUUUAGUUCCAUCCUUUCAGGACCACAGCCACACAGUGAAGCUCACUGACAUUAGGGACAUCACACCAUUUACACUCCAUACCAUGAGCAUUCUAUGUAAUAAUAAUGUAAUGAAGAAUAAUUUUAUGAAAGAAAUUGCUACCCCUAAUUGGUAGUUGCCCAUAAGAGAAAGCUGAAUGUUUGAACUUGAAAGGGCAAUGGUGUCAUUAUCUAUUAUUAGAUCGUAUCUAGCAAUGAAAAACUCAAACUGUGACUGGAAGUGCCCAUUCAAACUGUGUGUCAAAAGAAGGAAAUAUCUCUGGAGUCUGAAUUUCAGACAUAAAGAUUCUCAAAAAGUAUAUAUUUUUUUCUAUCUUUGUUACAUAUUUAGUACAUCUGAUAUAUUGUUACUGCUGUCUACGUUUUCUAAAUAAAUGGCUUUAAAUA